AUGGCGCAGUUGCAAGACCCCCCGCGUUUCGAGGUGUUGAAUCGUGGAGAGUUGGUGGAUACGGAUACUCAGACAGAAGAAAGUCCCCCGGUGACAACCAGGAUGGAUGCCUCCACACAAGUCAGCGAAAGUCGACUAGACAGUCCAGGAUGUGAUCCUGGUGAUGGGGACACCCUGGAGGAUGACCGAAAAUGGACUACUGGAUUCGAGGGGGUCCAGGGCGGCCAAACGAUCGCGGAGGUACACACUGAACAGGAUAUUUCAGAGACUUCCCCAGAACCAGCGCCCUGGACACCACUCAAGAAGUUGGAGAUGGAAUACGAACGCUGUAUGUGGUUUAGCGCGGAAGACCUGGAUUUGGAGCGAGGUGUCCCAGGUGAGACCUCUCCCGAAGAUGAAUCCAGGAUGCGUGCCAUCCUGAAGCGCCACAGAAAGAUUUUCUUGGGUGAUAAAAAUGCCGCACCUGCUCCCGCCAGAGGAGUAGUAUGUGACCUCGAUGUGGGAGAUGUCAAACUUAUCGCGUUGAGCCCAAGGUCAAUUGGACCGCACGUGGCGGUCAAGGUAUACGAGCUCCUCAAGAAACUGCUCGAGAAUAAUCAGAUUGAACAUUCUGAAUCGCAGUGGGCAUCUCCGAUCGUGAUCGUGCUCAAGAAAAAUGGAGUGGACAUGAGGAUGUGCAUGGAUUAUCGACUAAUGAAUAAUUUCAUCCAUCUGUCUAGCUAUCCGCUACCUCUCAUCGACGACCUGCUAGUCGGUUUUCAGAAAGCACUCUGGUUCAUGAGCCUGGAUAUGGCCAGCGGGUUCUGGGCAAUCAAGAUGACCGAAAGGGCCAAAUCGAUUUCAACUUUCGAUUCGAAUGUCAUUUGGUCUGAAAACAAACCCCUGAUUUACCAGCAAGUGAUCAAUAAUUGCCUGUGGGGAUUCGUGCGUUUGCCACCAGAAGAGGAGGCGGAGGUAGACCAAGAAGUUUUGGAUUAUCUGAAUUUAGAUCCCCAGGGUGUGGCACUCCAGGGCGCACCGGUUGUAAAGACGUCCAUGUUCCACGGUUGUUGCCGACCCUGGCUGACCAAAUGA